GAUAACAAUUUCACGUUAAUAUUAAUCUUCAGUAAAUUCUGACAUGCAUGGUCUUCACAGGGUGCUUCACUUGGUUGGCUCCAAAUGAUGGAAAUGAGAGAUACAAGGAGCAAUGCCUCCUUGUUGGUCUCUCUUGUUUUGUUCUUCUCCACUUUUGUUUUGCUAUUACCGGUUCAAUGUGAGGACGGGGAUGAUUCUUUUGUACCCUCAUUCUACACUGAUGAAAUCUACAAGGAGCUUGAAGGUCUCACUAAGGCUUUCACCAGGGACAUUAAGGAAGAAUUAAACUUCUGCAUAAAGGAUGUGAACAAAGACUGGGAGGAGGCUUUUGAUUUUAAAGGAAAAUUGGAUUUUGUGGAUUCCUGUGUUAAGCAAAAGGGUGAUUUCAGAGAUCGAGUGUGUACGACUGCUGAAAUAAGGCACUACUUUCGAAGUUUAUUCGAACAGGGGGCCUCAUCUGCCAGUUAUCUAAAGCCUAAUAGAAAUUGCAAUUUGACUUCAUGGGUUUCUGGUUGUGAACCUGGUUGGAGCUGUAGUGCUGGCCAGCAAAUUGACCUAAAAAAGGAUAUAAAGGAUAUUCCUUCUAGAACUAGUGACUGUGAACCUUGUUGUGAGGGGUUUUUCUGCCCUCAAGGAUUGACUUGCAUGAUAACUUGCCCACUUGGUUCUUAUUGUCCACUCGCAAAAUUGAAUGAAACUACUGGAGUAUGUGAUCCAUAUAAUUACCAGAUUCCUGCAGGAGAAACAAAUCAUACUUGUGGUAGUGCUGAUAUUUGGUCUGGCGUUGUGAACAAUAGUAACAUCUUCUGUUCUCCAGGAUCAUACUGCCCAUCUCCAACGCGCAAAGUUUCUUGCGAUAGUGGAUAUUACUGCAGGAUGGGUUCAACUCAUCAAAAUCCAUGCUCCCAGUUGAGUAGCUGUAAUCCAAACACAGCCAACCAGAAUAUGCAUGCCUACGGUGCUCUGCUUAUUGUUGCUUUGAGUGCUCUUCUGAUCUUCAUUUAUAACUGUUCUGAUCAAGUUCUAGCUACUCGAGAAAGAAGGAAGGCAAAAACCAGGGAAGCUGCAGUAAAACAUGUUAGAGAAACUACACAAGCUCGUGAAAAGUGGAAAAUAGCAAAAGAUGCUGCUAAGAAGCAUACAGCCGGUUUGCAAAAGCAGUUGUCUCGCACCUUUUCUCGAAAAAAAUCAGGAAGGCAAGGAGAUCAACUUCCAUCAGUGGCUUCAGAUUCAUCAAGCAAACCUGAGGCUUCAUCUGCUGGUUCUAAUGCGAAAAAAAAUGAGCCUAGCAACCUCACUAUGAUGUUGAACUCCCUUGAGAAUGAUCCGAAUAGUGAUGAAGGAUUUGAUCUUCAGAUUGGAGAUAAAAACAUAAAAAAGCAGAUUCCAAGGGGAAAAAAGUUACAUACACAUAGCCAAAUUUUAAGGUAUGCUUAUGGUCAGCUUGAGAAGGAGAAAGCUCAGCAAGAGCAAAACAAGAACUUGACUUUCUCAGGAGUACUUUCUAUGGCUACUGAAGGUGAGGUGAGGACAAGGCCAGUGAUUGAGGUAGCUUUCAAAGAUCUGACUCUCACUUUGAAAGGGAAAAACAAACAUCUACUGAGGUGUGUGACGGGUAAAAUCAUGCCUGGUCGAGUUUCUGCUGUCAUGGGCCCCUCAGGAGCUGGAAAAACCACAUUUCUUUCAGCUUUGGCAGGAAAAUCAAGAGGAUGCACCAUGUCAGGCUCAAUUCUAAUUAAUGGAAAACCUGAAUCCAUUCACUCAUAUAAGAAAAUUACUGGUUUUGUGCCACAAGAUGAUAUUGUGCACGGGAACUUGACAGUGGAGGAAAAUCUUCAUUUCAGUGCAAGAUGCAGACUCCCUGCCGACAUGCCAAAACCAGAUAAGGUUCUGAUUGUUGAAAGAGUGAUUGAUGCAUUGGGACUCCAGCCAGUGAGGGAUUCUCUAGUUGGGACAAUAGAGAAGAGGGGCAUAUCUGGAGGGCAAAGAAAACGUGUGAAUGUAGGGCUGGAGAUGGUGAUGGAACCUUCAUUGUUAAUCUUAGAUGAGCCUACAACUGGUUUGGACAGCGCAUCUUCCAGUUUACUGCUUAGAGCGCUUAGACGUGAAGCUCUUGAAGGGGUAAACAUCUGCAUGGUACUUCACCAACCAAGCUAUACUUUGUUCAGAAUGUUUGAUGAUAUAAUAUUUCUAGCCAAAGGUGGCCUUACUGCAUAUCAUGGUCCUGUUAAAAAGGUAGAAGAAUACUUUGCUAGCAUUGGAAUCCCCGUACCAGAUCGUAUGAAUCCUCCAGACCAUUUCAUUGACAUUCUGGAAGGUUUAGUGAAACCAAGUUCAGGUGUAACUCAUGAAACACUUCCUGUCAGGUGGAUGCUUCAUAAUGGAUAUCCAGUACCACUAGACAUGCUUCAUUUAGCUGAUCAAAUUGCUGCAUCUUCAUCUACCUCAAAUGUAACCGGUGCAACAAAGGCUACUGAAGAAUCUUCUGAUCAAUCCUUUUCUAGAGAGGUUUGGGAAGAAAUGAAGAGUAAUAUUCGUAUACAACGAGAUAACAUAGAUGAAAUCUUCUCAAGAACAAAGGAUUUAUCAAACCGAGUAACUCCUGGGGUGGCCCGGCAAUACAGAUACUUCGUUGGGAGGGUUAGCAAGCAGCUUCUGCGGGAAGCAAAAUUACAAGCUGUUGACUAUCUCCUUUUAUUUGUUGCUGGUGCUAUCUUAGGAACUCUUACAAAAGUGAAUGAUGAAACAUUUGGUUCCCUUGGCUAUACAUAUACUGUCAUUGCAGUCUCUCUACUUAGCAUGAUUGCGGCCCUCAGAUCAUUUUCUCUGGAUAAAUUACAAUACUUGAGGGAGAGUGCAGCUGGGAUCAGCAGUCUGGCCCAUUUUCUGUCCAAAGAUACCGUUGAUCUUUUCAAUACAAUCAUCAAACCUGUGGUUUAUUUGUCCAUGUUCUAUUUUUUUAGCAACCCAAGGUCAACCUUUAUAAGUAACUACAUAGUAUUGUUAUGUCUGGUGUACUGUGUGACAGGCAUAGCUUAUGCAUUAGCCAUUUUCUUUGAUCCUGGUCCUGCACAACUGUGGUCAGUGCUUCUUCCUGUGGUUAUGACUCUCGUAGCCAACCAGAACAAAGAUACUAAACUGAUGAAGACCCUAGUACAGUUAUGCUACCCAAAAUGGGCUUUGGAGGCCUUUAUCAUUGCAAAUGCUGAAAGGUACACUGGAGUGUGGCUGAUAACUCGUUGCGGUUCAUUGAUAAGCAGUGGUUACGAUGUCAGCAAAUGGCCUAUUUGUCUGGUUGUCCUCAUUGUGAAUGGUAUUGUUGCCCGAGUUGUAGCCUUCUUUUGUCUAGUGAUUUCCCACAGAAGGUGA